AUGCGGAUCUGGGGGCGUCACAAUUAUAGAGAUUUGUUGGUAAAAUUUCAAUGUCAUAUCAAUGUUGAAAUUUGUGCUCAUCCACGUAGCCUCAAAUAUCUCUUCAAGUAUUGCCUCGAAGGCCAUGACCGUGCCACCGUGGAAAUAAGGGGGAAGAAGCGCAGAUCCAACCUCGAUAAUGAACUAGAGCAACCUGAAGAUGAAAUCCAAUCAUUUUUCGACGGAAGAUACAUAUGUGGGUAUGAAGCCGCAUACCGAAUUUUCGAUUUUAGCAUCCACUACAGAUCUCUUGCUGUUCAAAGGCUUUCAUUCCAUCUAGAAGGGGAUAAAUCUUGCACGUUUCGUUCCAAUAAACCAUUACAAAAAGUUGCUGCCCGAGAAAAAUAUAGACACACUCAGUUGGAGGCUUUCUUCAUCCUUAAUUCAGAUGAUCCUAAUUCUAGGCAGUAUUUAUAUGACGAAAUUCCACAACAUUAUAUCUGGAACGAUAUAGAUAGGAUUUGGACUAUGAGAAAGAGGGGUAAAAAAUUGGUAGACUUUCUUACACACACCAUAGUUCCGGUAAAUUGUGGUAUUUGCGUCUUCUUCUCACAAAAGUUCGUGGUCCAACAACUUUCCAAGCUUUGCGGACUGUUAAAGGGAAGAAAUUUCAGACCUUUCAUGAAGCGUGCAAGGUUUAUGGACUAUUGGAUGAUGACAACGAAUGGGAUCAGUAUGGUUGAUGACAUUUUGAUAACUCAAAGAAGAUUGACUGGGAAUCCAUUACUCAUACUAUAUGAGAAGCAACAACAGUUUCAUGCCCUUGCAGAGAUUCAUACACUUCUGAAGAGCAUUGAGAAAUCAAUCAAAGAGUACACCAAAAUGCCUCAACCUCCUAACAGCUAUCUAGACUGUAGUGUCAACAAUUUGAUUAUCGAGGAAACAAGUUACGACAUUACAGGAAAUGGAUAA